UUUCCUUCCGUUGCCUUCCUCCCUGGACCAUGACCUCAGCCCUAAUCCUAAUUUCAAUUCUGUUCACAGUAUCCCUCUCAGCUCUGCAAACUUCACAUCGUCAUCUCGUCCGACGCCUCUCCGGCUCUCGUCGUCUCCUCCCUGCCGCCGCUGGUCAACCGCCAGGGAAAGGGAAAGCAAGAAGAAACAAAAGCUGAAUAAUGACUCCAUAGAAUUAAUUCCUGUAUAAAUCUUGAAAUGGCUAACAGCAAGUAUGAGUAUGUGAAGGCAUUUGAGGUGGAGGACAAAAUAAUGUCACCAAACUUCAUUGUUGUCCGCGUGGAUGGCCGUGAUUUUUGCAGAUUUUCUGAGGUGCAUCAAUUUGAUAAACCCAAUGAUAUGAAAGCACUAGAGUUGAUGAAUGAGUGUGCAACGGCUGUUUUGGAGCAUUUUCCAGACAUUAUAUUCUCUUAUGGUUACAGUGAUGAGUUUAGUUUCAUCUUCAAAAAGGGCACAAAGUUUUAUCGUAGGCGUGCCAGUAAGAUAAACUCCCUUAUUGUAUCAUUCUUCACAUCAGCUUAUGUCACCAAAUGGAAGGUGUUCUUCCCUCAAAAGGACUUGAGAUAUGCUCCUUCAUUUCGAUCGCGAGUUAUUUGCUGCGCAUCCAUGGAGGUUCUGCAGGCAUAUUUUGUAUGGAGACAGUAUGAAUGUCACCUAAAGAACCAGAAUGAUACUUGUUUUUGGCAGCUAGUUAAGAGUGGAAAGUCUGAAAGGGAAGCAGAAGAAAUGCUGAAGGGAUCACAGAAACAAGAUAGAAAUGAAUUGCUUUUCCAGCUCUUUAACAUUAACUACAAGAAAGACAUUCCAGAAAUUUUUCGCCAAGGCACAUGUGCCUUCAAGACCAAGGUUGAAGAUAUCGUGAAGUACAAGGAUGAUGGUUGUCCAGUGAAAAGACCAAGGAUGAAGGUCAUAAAAGUUCAUUCAGAAAACAUUGCAUCAAAGAGGUUUUGGAAUGACCAUUUGUGUCUUUUGAAGGAGUUGGGUCAAGUUACUGAAGAUUUAAACAAGAGCAAACCUGAUUAUGAUGAUUAUGUUGAGUCAUUUCUACACGAGGGCAAAUUGAUGCCGUCUACUUGGAUUGUCAUACGUGUUGAUGGUUGCCAUUUUCAUAGAUUUUCUGUUGUCCAUGAGUUUGAGAAGCCAAAUGAUCUACGAGCUCUCGACCUGAUGAAUGCCUGUGCAGCCAGUGUACUAGAAGAGUUCAAGGAUAUUGUCUUUGCUUAUGGGGUUAGUGAUGAGUACAGCUUUGUUUUGAGGAAAGAAUCUCAGCUCUAUGGAAGACGUGCAAGCAAAUUAGUUUCUGCAGUUGUAUCUUUGUUCUCGUCACUGUACUCUAUGAAGUGGAUUGACUUUUUCCCACAUAGUAUGAUGAAGUACCCACCAUAUUUUGAUGGUCGUGCUGUUUGCUAUCCAUCCCGUAAGAUUCUUCGAGACUAUCUAGCAUGGAGACAAGUUGAUUGCCAUAUUAACAAUCAAUACAAUACUUGUUUCUGGAUGCUAGUGAAGUCUGGAAAAAGCACGAGUGAAGCACAAAAUUGCUUGAAGGGUACUCAAGCCCAUGACAAAAAUGAACUUCUGGAUAAGCAGUCGGGUACUCUCAAUUAUUAUAACACGAUGCCAACCAUAUCUCGCCGUGGAUCAUGUGUUUAUUGGGACAAGGAGACAAAAGCUGUGGAAAAUAAUGAAGGUGCCGCUGGAAAAUCGCGCAAGAUAGUUGUAAUCAAGCAUUGUAAUAUAAUUGAUAUGAGCUUUUGGGAAGAUCAUCCUGAAAUACUUGGGUAGCGAACUGAAUUCGCGCUGUUCGACCGUCCCGGAAAUGCCGAUAAAUUAGGCCUGCAAUUGUAGUCUUUUGCUGGGAGAUAUGCCUCCAAGUUACAUUACAUUCCUGUAGAUUUUCCAACACAGAAUAUGACAGGCGUUCAGACGGCCAACACGGCCGUGUUGAUUAUCCUGCACUUCUGGACACGGCAGUGUCUCUGCCCUUGUUCUGUGAGAACAUAGCUAUGUUCUAGGCUAUGUUCCUGUCUAUGUUGUCAACACAAUCAUGUUCUAGGUCAUGUUCACGAUCAUGUUCAUAUUCUAAGUCAUAUUUAUUAUUA